CAUGCCACCAUGAUUGGUGCGCGCCGCUCGGAGUCUCGGGCUCUCGUCCGUCCGCAACUUCCCGCAAUUAUUUGUGUCGCAAGGUCCGAACAUUUUCUCCAAACAUCAAUUGUUGCCAUAUCACUCACCAUGGUGUCCUUGGGGAGCUCCGUAUCCCGAAUGCGGAGUUUUACUACCAGGCUUUCCAAGGAAUUCUUCACCUGUCGUCAAUGUCUAGGGCAGAGCCAAAACUAUGUGACCAAAUCCGCUUUCCGCAUGAAUUUCGCUGCGUCGCCCUUUACUCAGAACACCAGCAAGCUCAAUUCAAUCAAUUCAUUCGCAAGAGCUAAAAAGGCACUCCCGAAUGCCUUCAGAAGGCCGGCUUCUGGCUCAGCAGUAUCGAACGCUUUUGAGGAGGGAGCUUCUAAACCGAAGUCUAGUUGGCCUAAGGUUAGCGACAAGACGGUGGCUUACUGGCUGCUAGGCAGUGCAGCGAGCGUCUUUGGUAUUGUAGUUUUUGGUGGACUCACUCGAUUGACAGAAUCUGGCCUGAGUAUCACUGAAUGGCGCCCCGUUACCGGAUCUCUUCCCCCUAUGAACGCAGAAGACUGGGAGUCUGAGUUUGCGAAAUAUCGCGCUUCCCCCGAGUUUCAACUAUUGAACCCGCACAUGACCCUUUCCGAAUUCAAAUCGAUCUACUACAUGGAAUGGAUUCACCGUCUUUGGGGUCGUUUCGUCGGCCUGUCGUUCGUGCUUCCGGCUGUCUAUUUCGUCGCAAGGAAAAAGGUUAGCAAGUCAAUGUCAUUGCGACUUGCUGGUAUUGCUGGUUUGAUUGGCUUCCAAGGUUUUAUUGGCUGGUGGAUGGUCAAGUCCGGACUCAAGGAUGAUCUCUUUGCGCCAGGCAGCCACCCUCGAGUGAGCCAGUACCGCCUGACAGCACACCUUGGAGCUGCAUUUUUCUGCUAUGUCGCAAUGCUUUGGAAUGGUCUCGCUAUCCUGCGCUCACACCGCCUGCUUGCUGAUCCUGAGGCUGGUAUUAAGCUGUUGGACUCGCUCCGCGACCCCAAACUCAAAAUCUUCCGUCGUUCUGUUGCUGGUUUGGCUGCUCUCGUUUUUGUGACAGCCAUGUCUGGCGCUCUGGUUGCUGGCCUGGAUGCUGGUCUCAUCUAUAACGAAUUCCCCUAUAUGGGCAACGGGCUGGCUCCUCCCAAGUCAGAGCUCUUCGAUGCAAGGUAUUCGCGGCACGAGGAUAGAUCUGACUUGUGGUGGAGAAAUAUCCUCGAGAACCCCUCUCUUGUUCAACUGGAUCAUCGUAUCCUGGCUACAACUACCUUCACCUGCAUUAUGGCUUUGUUGGCCUACACUCGUCGGUCCCCUACCAUGAAGAGACUUCUUCCACCUGCUGCUAAGAAGGGUGUUCACGGAGUUGUUGCUUUUGCAUGCUGCCAAGUUGGUCUGGGUAUCGCUACACUACUCUACCUUGUUCCCCUUCCUCUUGCCUCCGCCCAUCAAGCGGGAAGCGUGUUCCUUCUGACCUGGGUCCUAGUCCUGGGAAGCCGGGUCUGGCACCCGUCAAGGACUGCCAAGCUACUGCAAAUGGCAGUAAAGGCCCGUGGCCAGGCGGUCUCCGGUGCAGCUUCCCAUGGCCCUCUUAAGCUAUGAGUUGAUUGAUUGACCAUCGGCUGAGGAUGGGAUAGGUUGUGACUGGCCUAGCCAUCCGGUUUUGCUGCUAUGUUAAACUAACGAAUGUUUGGAUCAUUCUUAUGUGUGUUAUAAAUCUCUACUUAUACAUUGUACAAUAGUUAAUCAUUCAUUGCGUCUUGGACGAUGA